AUGGCAAACAAGGAAAAAAGAGGCAAAAAAAGAAACUUUAACAACUGUGAAGUAGAAAUCCUUGUCGGAGAAAUCGAGACGAGGCAACACAUUUUGUUUGGUGGCCAUAGCAUUGGCGUAACAAAUGCCAAAAAGGCAAGAGAGUGGCAGCAUGUGACAGAUGCUGUCAACGCUGCAUCAGCACAGGGUCGCACUGUUGCGGAAAUCAAAAAGAAGUGGUCCGACAUUAAGGUGGACGCCAAAAAACGCCUGGCAUCACACAGGCAGAGUGUGUGUGCCACGGGAGGGGGAACAGGAGCACCGGAGCUCACCCCUAUGGAUGAAAGGCUGGCCGGUAUAAUCGGCGAGUCCCUGCUGAGUGGAGUGGUGACGGAGGCAGAUGGGGACACUGAUGUUAAGGUUGCACCGACUGAACUAGGAGGACCUCGCGAGGAACCUCGUGCCUCGAGCCCCGCUGCCUCCACGGGCACGGCACCUCCUGCCUCCACGGGCACGGCACCUCGUGCCUCGAGCCCCGCUGCCUCCACGGGCACGGCACCUGCCUCCACGGGCACGGCACCUCGUGCCUCGAGCCCCGCUGCCUCCACGGGCACGGCACCUCGUGCCUCGAGCCCCGGGCCCGGCGUCUCCACAGCACCUCCUGCGCAGCCCUCCAGCAGCGGCCGUGUCCUCACAGAUGCAGUCCUGCAGAAUCAGAGGGACACACUUGCUGCAGUACACGAGGUUGCAAGAGAGCUGGGACAAAUUCGUCAUGUGUUGGGAGAAAUAUGCACUUGUUUAAAAGAUAUAGCCAAUAAAUAAGUUGUUUCAA